CGAGGAGAGCCGUGGGCCUGCCCGCCCUGCACGAGGAAGGCGGGCUGGCUGGUCCGGUGCAACCCGAUGCCCGUCCCCUGGGUGUUCCGGUACUUUGUCUGCGAGAUGGGCGCCAUGAACGUGAAGGUCGACAUCCGGGUGGCCGACAGGGCGCGGCAGGUCUGCCUGUCCAGCCUGGCGGACGCCCAGGACACCAAUCCGGACAGGAGUAGCCUGAGCGCGGCCACGGGCGCGCGGCGCGCGCCGCCCGCCUCGCGCGCAGCCUGCAGGUCUCGAUGUCGACCCUUCCGCUCCGAUGCGGCUUCGACGGCGUCCGGAGGAGGGUCCUCCCUCCGACGGAGGAGGGGGGAGGAAGGAUUUGGCGUCACUCCCCGUGAGCCCGCGGGCGCGGGCGCGCACCCGCCGCGGCGCGCACCCGGCCGCUUAAGCGCUCCAGCGGCAGGCAGCCCCGCCCGCCGCCGCCAGCCUUGAGACGGCCAA